AUGCAGCCAUCUUUAGUACUUACACAAACAGUGCCAUUAAACAUCAUAUUUCCCCUAUGUGUUAUCCGUACUUUUGCAUUCGAUUUUGCUCCUAGUAAUGUUCCAAAAGCAGAUGGACGACCACUUUUUAUCUCAUCGAAUACAGCAAUAUUUUCUAUUGUCGGUACAAUCUAUGGAGGCAAUGGUGUAUCAUAUUUUACUCUGCCCAAUUUGCAAGGUAUUGCGAUCAUCAGUAUGGGGCAAGGUAAUGACUUAUCUUUUUAUAAUAUCGGUGACCAGAUUGGAAGUCAACAAGUUAUAUUGAUCAUGAAUCAAAUGCCGGCGCAUGCGCACUCAAUUCCGAAUUCAUUUGAUUUCACAGGCGUAACAGGUGGACUACAACCGUUCUCUAAUAUUCAACCAUCAUUGUCAAUGAACUAUCUUAUUUGCAUAGCCGGCAUUUUCCCCUCACGUGAUUCCACUAUUUCACAGUUGCCUUUCAUCGGUCAAAUUGUUCCUUAUACUGGAUCUACUAUCCCAAAUGGGUGGGCACUAGCCGCUGGAACUCUAUUACCAAUUCAGACAAAUACAGCUCUAUUCUCUAUAAUCGGUACUACGUAUGGAGGCGACGGUCGGUCUACUUUUCGUUUACCUGACUUAAGAGGUAGGGUAGCCGUGGGUGUAGCCCCUGGAUCAAAUACACAGCUUGGUGGUACCAAUGGCGCAGAAUUUGUAACUUUGACUGACAACAACUUACCUUCACAUCAGCAUAGUCUAGCCGGUAGUAAGUAUAAUGCCAGUGAAACGGAUGCUAAAGGUGCUGGACAGCCACUAGAUAAUAGACAACCUUUUUUGGGCAUUACUUAUCUUAUAUCAUUGGCCGGAAUCUUUCCAUCACGCGAUGGUGGCAGCGUAGAUCCUCAAACAUCAUACCUAGGAGAGAUAUUUACCUUCGCUGGUAACUAUGCACCUCAAAGUUGUGCUUUUGCCGAUGGCAGACUACUGUCGAUCUCGCAAAAUCAAGCUCUCUUUGCUUUAAUUGGGACAAUGUAUGGUGGUAAUGGACAAACGACUUUUGCCUUACCUGAUCUUCGUGAUCGAGUCCCCAUUGGUUCUGGGGGAGGUUUUAGUGUUGGACAACAGCUUGGUUCAUCAACUGUAACACUGACAACUGAUCAAAUACCAGCUCAUACUCAUAGUCUUAACCCAUAA